CUGCGACUUGGUCGGCGCCAAUACAUGGGUAUGUCGAGGGUGACUACGAAGAAGACGUGGCCAAGCGGAUUGAGUUCAUUCAUGAAGAUUUGAAACAAAUACGAGAGGAAGCAUGACAAAGGUCCGACGCAAGAAAAUUGGUGGCGAAGAAGUAUUAUGACCAAACGGUUUAUCCAAAAGCUCCAUUCCAGAUUGGUGAUCUCGUUCUUAUGAAGGAUAUGACGCCUCGAACCAAGUUCAGUGACAAGUGGAUCGGUCCAUUCAUGGUGGUGAAGGUGAAUGCUCACAGUGGUACAUAUCUACAAGAAUGGUACCAGAGGUCCAGCCCGCCUACAAACGGUUCAAAGCCUAGAUAUCCCAAAGGAACCUGCAUAUGGCCUCGGCUUGAGGGGGCCUCGGCCAACUGCCUUUUUCGGAUUUCCCUUGUUCUGGUUAAUUUCUGUGGUUGCCUGAAUUCGUUGGUCUUUUCCCUUUCUUUUGGUGUUUCUCCCGUGGUGCUAUGAUGUUUGGGCGAUGAAAUAUCGAUCGAUUUGUCGGUUCCUUCUUUUUCAGAAGCGGAGUGUGAAUUGGAAGUCCCGUUCGAUUUUUCGUGAAGUU